AUCAUUCAUUCAACAGCCUUCGUUGGUUAACAGAUAUUCUGUGCUUGAACAAAAUAUAAAAAAAAAACUUUAAAAAUGAAAUUCUUGUUUGUGUUCGCUUUCAUCGCUGCUGCAAGCGCCGAUGUCUCACACUUGUCCAACCAAUAUCUUCCACCACAACAACACCAAGCUCCAAGCAGCCAAUAUUUGCCACCAGCUCAACAUCACCAAUCAGCUGCUGUUCAAGUUUAUUCUGCACCAGCACCUGUUCGCCAUGCUGCCCCAGCACCUGCUUAUCAUGCCCCAGCCCCUGUCCACCAUGCAGCACCAGCACCUGUCUACCAUGCCCCAGCCCCUGUCCAUCGUGCAGCACCAGCAGCACCAGUAAGCCAAUACUUGCCACCUGCUCCAGUCCACCAUGCACCAGCACAAGCCUACCAUGCCCCUGUCCACCAUGCAGCACCAGCUCCUGUUUACCAUGCACCUGCUCCUCAAUACUCAGCACCUGCUCCAGUCCACCAUGCACCAGCACCUGUCUACCAUGCACCUGCUCCACAAUACUCAGCACCUGCUCCAGUCUACCAUGCACCAGCACCUGCCUACCAUGCUCCUGCUCCUCAAUACCAUGCUCCAGCACCUGCCUACCAUGCCCCAGCACCAGUUGCCCAUCACGCUGCUGCUAGCUACUCCGCAUCAGAGGGAUACAACUACAGAAACCCAAACUACUAAACCAUUUCUAAAUAAUUUGAUUUAGAUCAACAUGGUUUUGCUUCAAUAAUGGAGCUGACAUAGGAACAAAAUUGGAAUGAGAUAUAAAACAGAACUAUGAUAUGUAUUUGGAAAAAAGUCUUAAAUGAAAACAUAAGCAAAAACAUAAAAAUAAAAAGCAAAUAUAUUCAAUAGAAAUAUAAAA